AUGGCAGGUUUACAGGAUCAGUUUGAAAUACAAAUAACCUUGCUCCAGGUCCUGCUGGGAUGUACUUUUGGCAAUGUGGUUGGAAUGUAUCUGGCUCAGAAUUACGGCAUACCACACCUGCCUAAAAAAACUUGUAGAAAUGAAAAGAACUUGGAUGUCAAGAAGAAACCCCCUAUUUCAUGA